UUGUUUUGGAAAGCCGCGGUUUAGCGGUCGCCAUUAUUCUUCCUGGCUUGACGCUACGGAGAAUAACUUUAAAUUACUCUAUAACCAUAUAAUUUGUGCCAAUUUGCAAAAUUUCCAACAAUCACUUAUUACGUUAUCGAUUGAAAUGCACUAGGGACAAACGCCGAGUACAGAAAUGGAGAAACGUUCCGAUACAGCAGGUCUGGCGGGAGGCCUUCCUCUGUCCUCCCUCCGUUUGAUGGCCUCUCCUCUGCAGUUCACGUACUCUUUCAUAUGGCAGGUGUUGCGACAGCGAAACAUAAAGCAGUAUGGUAAAGUGGAGGAGUUUGUCACCAUGGUGACUCAGACUCUUCCUGACCUCAUGACUUCCAAGCAGACCGCUCAGCUCAUUCUAGGAAUCAGAGCAAGGAUCAUUCUGGAUUUGCUUCAGAAAGACGGCCCACCUGAUACACGAGCGAUUCAAAAUCUCAUCAACAAGUUAAAAGUCUCUCCUGCUUUAGGGAAGAACGCAGAAGUGGAGGAAUCUCAGACGAAUUUCAUGGUGCUUGUCCAGAACCUGCUAAAAAGCCCUGCUGAGAGGAGGCGCUUCUUCCAGGACGUGUUUCCUCUUCGGUAUGGCACAAAGUUCGACACAGCUCUGCAGACUCUAGCUGCAGGCCUGGUGUGUAAGCUGGAGCAACUCCUCCCUCCUCCAAACCUGUCCCAGCUUGGUGCCAUGAUCUCAAGUGAGUCCAGUGUCCUGGAUGCCUGUGUGAGUUUGAUCCCUGAACCCAGAGACCUCAGGGCUCUGCUCCUUCACCAGCAGGCCAAAGGACUCAUGGGUGGUAAAGCCACUAUCUCCACCUCAGUGGGGGACUGCGUCCUGUCUUCGCUGGCCUUCCGUCCCAAACCCGUGGAACCACCACCACUGCCGCCGCUGCCACCACAACCAAUAGAGUCUCCAAAACAACUGGAAGUCACCUUCACUACGACAACACCAACCUCCCUCAGCGACACUGAAGACUUGGGAGUGAUGUCAGACGACUCGGACCACGCCGAAGUCGCUGCGGAGGGGGCACAAACGCAGCUGCAACUGAGCAACGAAUCAGACAACAGCGCUGCUGCUGUGACCGCGGAAGUGCAGGACCAGGAGAAAAGUCUCGAACAAGAACCGGAACCUGAGACUCCACAAAAUCAAGCAGAUGGAUCAACGGCCCCGCUGGAGAAGCCGGAUCUGCAGCGUCUGCCCUUGAAGACGAUCCCCUUCAGGGUGGUUCAGGUGCCAGUCAAAACUGCCUCCGCUGCGCAGAACACGGGCAGUGCGGCAACUAAAGAUGGUCAAAAGUCCAACACUCAGAGAGUCACGCUGCAUCAGUGGGUGUCACACAUGGCCACCAACUCGCUCUCACUUCCGGCUUUGCCGCCACUUCCUCCGCCCAGUCUGAGUGGAGAUUUUAGCCUCAGGCCGAGGAUGAAGAGGAAAAAGCAGCUCCGGCCUCCGGCGGACCGCUUCUCCUGCAGCUUGUGUGACAAAACCUUCCCCUAUCACUCCAAGCUGGAAGACCACCAGCGCAUACACACGGGGGAGAAGCCUUUCAUGUGCACGGCGUGCAACAAAAGCUUCCGGACGCAGGCGUUCCUCAACACACACCUGAAGACUCACAGCGCGGUGCGCCCCUACGCCUGUGGUCAGUGCGGCAAGUGCUUUUCCAAAUUCCAGAGUCUGAACAAGCACAUGCUCGCCCACAGCGGCCAGAAGCCCUUCUACUGCAACAUCUGCAACAAGGGCUUCACACAGUCCACCUACUUCAGGAGACACAUGGAGUGUCACACCAGUCAGGUGACCUUCAUCUGCAAACACUGCAACAAAAGCUUCCCCACGGCUUUCAAGCUGUCCAACCACGAGCGCUGGCACACCAGAGAUCGCCCGCACAUGUGCGAGCGCUGUGGGAAAAGGUUCCUCGUCCCCAGCUUGCUGAAGAGGCACAUGGGCUACCACAUCGGCGACCGUCAGUACCUCUGCUCCCAGUGCGGGAAGACCUUCGUCUACCUGUCUGACCUGAAGAGGCACCAGCAGGAUCACCUGCCCAAACCUAAGAUCCCCUGCCCCGUGUGCCAGAAGAAGUUCUCCAGCAAGUACUGCCUGAGGGUCCACAUGAGGAUCCACACCAGGGAGAGACCCUACCAGUGCUCCAUCUGUGAGAAGACCUUCACUCAGGUGGGGAACCUGAAGGUGCACAUCCGCCUGCACACCAACGAGCGUCCUUUCAGCUGCGACGUGUGCGGCAAGACCUACAAGCUCUCGUCCCACCUGAACGUGCACAAGAGGACACACACCUGCAAGAAACCGUGGACGUGCGAGACGUGCGGGAAAGGCUUCACCGUACCCGGUCUGCUGAAGAAGCACGAGCAGUUACACACCAGGGACAACAACCCCGACUUCUCUGGCAAACGCAGACACAGGACCAAACACAAGAAGCUGUCACUCAAGAGGAAGUACGAGGAAGAAGAGGAGGGAAGUGAUGAUUAUUAAUCAAUCAGCGCGACGGCUUUUAUAACAGGAGGCUCUGAACUCUGAUGUUGCUGAUCAUGUUCUCCAACACAUCAGAACUGCUGCAUCUGCCCCGACUGUGGAACACCUCAAACCUUGCCACGCCUUUGUUGUGAUGUCAUCUGCAGUAGGCAAGUCAAACUUUUUAAACGUUGUUCAGUGACGGCCUUUAGGUCGCAGAGCUUUUCUUUCUUAUAAGCGCAACACAUUUCAUUGUAUUACAAUUAAGACUAAACAAAAUUUGAGCAGCGUCAGUUUAGGGAAAUGUCAUCGCUGUUCCUUAAAAAACUGCCCUUGAAAUUCAUCUCACGGGAGCUUUUUAAUCUUAACACAGGAUACGUUAGUGAAGCUCAACUUUAACUAAUCUCUCAAUGCCAGCAGCUGUCCAACUAUGUAUAUAAAAUAUCUGCACUGAAAGAUAUUGAUGUAGAAAUAGGCCCACGUCAGUUUUAUCGGCGCUAGCCGCUAAGACGGUAACUGCUCACUCUGCAGUUUGACGAAGUUGUCGAAGGCCUGUCCAAUCAGGAACUGCAUCGAGACAGUUUCUCAAAACUUCCCUGGAAAGGCGAUCCAGAAAAUGUACGUCAUAUUUUGCUAAGCAAAGUUAUCAAUGCCAAUCCCGUCAGUCUGUCAAUUCUUAACCUUUAAUCAGCAGCGAGAUCAAUAAAAAAAAAAAAGUUAAAAUAUGCUGUUCAGGAUGAAGCCCAUCGUUUGGCUGCUCUUUUUAGAGCAGAACAUUCACCAUCACAGCCUGACUUUACCUCCUGCUCUACUUACGUCCAUCGUGGUCCGUUUUUAUAUCACUGCUGUAUUUGCUGGAAUCGCAGCUGGUACAAUAUGAGAAAAAAAAAACACAAAGUAGCAUCAAAGCAAUUGAAUAAUUUUCUGGUCGUUUUUUAUUACGCAACAUUUUUCAUUUUCAUAGUCAAAAAGUGCACUGGUGUGGUUUUUUUAAAUCUUGUCAAUUCCCGCAGACGUGUAUAGUUAGACCCGGGCGUCGUCUGAACAAAAGUAUAAAUGCAUGAAACUGUUCCCGGUCUGUAAUCUAGUCGCUGUGUUUUGCUUAGAAAUAGUGUGUUUUCAUAGUUUCACCUUUGCUUUGUUGACAUAAAUGUGCUUGUAACCUUAAAAGUAUAUCCAUAACAGUUACUCUACUUUUGGUUUAGACUUAAAAACUCAGUUAUUUCACUUAUAUUUGUUUAUAUCUGUGUGUACAGAGACUGUGCUGCGGUUCAGAUCUGUACUUUUCCUUUUGUACUCCCCCAUGACCUCUGGGUCAUUGUGCUGUCGUCAGUAUGCAAUCGUUGUUUUACAGACAAAUAAACACUGCAAUUGCAUUGCAAACAA